AUGGCUCGAGCCAACGGACAGCCCCGCAUCAAAAUUGCUCUGGCCGGCAGGCUACAGAGAAUCUUACAGUAUUUUCCAAGGACGGAGCAAUGCUUUAACGACUCAGACAAAUCCGCUCACGUCUUUAGGAACCUCGAUCCGGAUGACCAAGAGAUCUUCAUGGACAUGCUCGAUUCCCGUCCCUCAACGUCACCCCUCGCUCACACUCCUAUCUUGCCCUUCCAGUCAAGUAUGAACAUGUACGAAACCAUGUUCCUUGACAAUUCAGAAACUCCGAGCACGGUGCUUUCCGAUAUCUGGUGCAAUACCAAUGACGACACACAAGCGGGAAAAGGGACCAUCGACUUUUCAGACGUCAUGCAACUCUGCAGCGAGGUCCGCAAGAGGAGCUAG